AAAUUAUUUGGCAAAUGCAACUGACGCUCUGUUGGUAUGGUUUUAUUUACAAUUCGUCUUUUUAAAAAAUGGAGGAUACAGAAACAUCUCCUAGCCAAAAUUCGAAUAUAAAAUGGAUACCACUAAGUAUCACGGCAGAAUAUCCCGAAGGUGAUAUUAUUGGAAAAUUGUUAGCAUUUACUUCAAUGCUUCCUCAUGCCCUUAUUGUCAGCUUUAUAACAUUGAUACUUUUCAGAAGGGAUCUCCAUACAAUAUCAUAUCUUUUUGGGUUGGUACUCAAUGAAGGGAUUAACUAUGUGCUCAAACAUACUCUUCGUCAAGGAAGACCAAUAGCUAGACCUAGCCUUUUACAUGAAUAUGGCAUGCCUUCAUCUCACAGUCAGUUCAUGUGGUUCUUUACAACUUACAUGUUUUUAUUUCUUUGGGUGCGAUUGAGACACAUCAGCUACACAAACACUGUAUGGAUUUGGAUAUGGAAAACCGCCAUCACAGUAGCAUGUGUUGUAAUGUCAAUAAUUGUUGCAGGAUCAAGGAUUUAUCUUCAGUAUCACACUGUUUCUCAAGUAAUAGUGGGAGCAUUACUUGGAUCCGUAUUAGGAAUACUCUGGUUCUUAAUAACUCAUUUUACCCUAACACCUUGGUUUCCAACUGUUGCCUCAUGGAGGUUGUGUGAAUGGUUGCUGGUAAGAGAUCAAACACUUAUCCCCAACGUUAUAUGGUUCGAGUAUACAUCCCAUCGGCACGAAUCAAAACAUAGAAGUCGAAAAUUGGUCUCAAUGAAAUCCCAAUAAAACUAGCCUGAAAGUAAGUUUGUAAUUGGUAGCUUGGUGCAAUUGUUUGUCUGUUCACUGUGCCUACAAAUUUGUUAUUGUUUUGGAAGUGCAUAUUUCAUGAAUAUUCUUUUAAGAAACAUAUUUUGCUGUAUUAACUUGCCUAUGUUGUCAUUUGAUAUUCCUAACAUGAUAGAAUAUCUCACAAGUACACUGGUUUGGAAAGGGUUA